AAAGAAUUAAAGAAGGUUGAUUUUCCCCUCCUGGUUAAAAAAUUGAAUUAAUUAAAUAAAACAUUUAAAACACAGCUUUAAUUAACAUUCGUAACACAGGAUUGUAAUAAUCUUCAAGUUUAAUUAAGACCAUCACCAUUGAUGGAGAAAAGUUCAUCAAGCAAUAACAAAAUAGAUGAAAAAUUAAUUAUCAAAUAGUUUUCUUUUACAAUUCAGAACAAAUUUUAUAAAAAUGGAUAAAGAUAAUAAAAAAGCAUUAAAAUUAGUAUUUCCAAGUCCAAAUCAGUCCAGGACUGCUCAUCGUUCAUCUCCACAAGCACUGCCAACAAGUCGUGACCGUGUUCGAGCAACAGCACAUUCAGAUUCCGGUAAAUUACAAUUCAGUACUUCGGAAAUUUAUGAUUUCACUGCAGAUGAUCUCUUGGAUCUUGGGGAAAUUGGAAGGGGUGGAUUUGGCAGCGUCAAUAAAAUGAUAUUUAAGAAGAAUGAAAAAGUCAUGGCAGUAAAGCGAAUACGGUGUUCAAAUGUUGUCGAUGAACGAGAACAGAAAAGAAUUAUGGAUCUGGAUGUAGCUAUGCGGUCAUCAAAUGACUGUAGUUAUAUUGUACGCUUCUAUGGAGCGAUUUUUAAGGAAGGAGAUUGUUGGAUAUUAAUGGAAUUGAUGUCAAUUUCCCUCGAUAAAUUUUAUAAAUAUGUCUAUGAGCGUCAAAAUCAACGUAUACCGGAAAAUAUUCUCGGGCAAAUUACAGUUGCCACUGUUCAUGCUUUAAAUUAUUUAAAAGAAAAAUUGAAAAUAAUUCAUCGGGAUGUGAAGCCAUCAAAUAUUCUAUUACAUGAUAGAGGUGAUAUAAAACUUUGUGAUUUCGGCAUUUCUGGGCAGUUGAUAGAUUCGAUUGCAAAAACAAAAGAUGCAGGCUGCAGGCCUUAUAUGGCACCGGAAAGAAUUGAUCCGGAAUUUUCUCAUAAAGGAUACGAUGUUCGUUCAGAUGUUUGGUCACUUGGAAUCACCUUAAUGGAAGUAGCAACUGGAAAAUUUCCCUAUCCAAAUAAGUGGGCAUCUGUUUUCGAGCAAUUGUAUCAAGUCGUUCAAGGUCCAGCACCACAAUUAACUCGACAUUAUAACGGAAUUGAUUUUUCGGAAGAAUUCUGUAGCUUUGUAAAUACGUGUCUGAUAAAAGAAGAAAAAAAUCGUCCAAAAUAUCAAACAUUGUUACAACAUUCGUUUAUUCAAUUACAUGAGAAAUUACAGCCUUAUGUACAUCCAGAAGUCUCUGCGUAUAUUCAAAACGUUUUAGAAUCUAUGUCCAAUAAUGGUAUUUCCCAAUUCACAACUGAUGUCCAAGGUGCAAACCCCGUUUGUUGGUAAAAAAAUGAAAUUUUUAAUUAUUUAACAAAGUUUUAAGUUCCAAUGUGUCAUCAGUACGGAAGAUAAAGUCACACAUUUUAAGUAAAAAAUAAGUUAAACAGUUGUUUUAGCAUAAAGAAUGAUGAUAACUGCACUAUUAUGAAAUUAAGAA